UACGUUGGCGCGUCAACUUUUUGACAUUUCACGCAAUCAGCUAGCCAAAAACCACCAUUAAAAAGAAAUAGUUUGAAAAAGCAUUCAUUUUUAACCAUUUCGUCGAAAUAUAUAAUAUUCGAUAGAAAUUUCGUACAAUUAAAUACACGGUUGCGUACACGUUGAAUAUCCAACUCAAAUUUAAUUUAUCAAAUUUGUCAUCGAAUCGAAGAAAACAGUCUCGAUGACUGCAAAGUAAUUUUGUUGUCGUUUUUUUUCUGUCUUUGGUAUACGACGAAUUCCAAAUAACAAAAGUCUUCAACAUCAGUUCAAUGUGAAGGACUUCAAUUUGCUAAUAAAUUCAAUGCUAAGUGCGGUAAUGAAUCGUUUAUGAAUAAUGUUCAUUGUCGCGGAAUAAAAUGGAGCAAGAAAGUAAGUAGCUACAUCAGCUGAUCCGGCACACACAGUGAAAUAAUUCUGCAAAAAAUGUCUGGACUAAACACUACGCCUGCAAAGCGGUCCCAUCAAAACAAUUCAUUCGCCUUCCCAAACAAUUUGGAAAUUCCCAAGUCUGCACUAAGCGAUCGGAAAUUCCGUUCGUCAUACGUACGUAUUUUUAAUGAUCCUAGAGUAUACAAACGGCCGCGACUGAAUGGUGACCGAACGUCAAGUCGAUUCGGCGUCGACCAUAACUACCAAAUAAAAGUGGUAUUCGACGAACCGAUGGUCAAACCGAAAGGUAUUUUGGCCAACACCCAAAGUCCGAAAGAUGACAGUGGCAUAAGUAAAUCCGUAUCGUUUUCAUCAAAAAUUACAUUCAUCGAUUCGACUGAUUUGGAUGGGGUGAGUAGCGAUUGUACGGACGUGGAAAUGGAGGAGAGUCGGUCGAACAAAUCGAAAACAAAGUCAAAAAAGUCGAAAAAUGCAAAAUCGGAAAGUAAAUCGAAAACGAAGGCAGCCGCAAGCAAUGACAAACCGUCCAGUAAAAAGAAAAAGAAAACAAAGGACAAAUUGUCAAACAAGAACGGACAUAAAGUUAAAUCAACUCACAAGGACUUGUUCAAAUUUAAAAUAACCAAACCAUUCCGGAAGUUUGGCCGAUCAAAAGACAAGAAACUGAAACAUCUGCAAAAAAAGUUUGGCCGACGAAUGUUCAAAGCAUUUGUUCAAGUCAAACGUAGUUUCAAUUUGAAGACCAUACCUGAACAGGUAACCGUUCCUUUGGAAAAAAUUACGCUAAACGCAACCGAUGUGACUACACCAAAAAAGAGUGUGCCGUCGAUUCAGGACUUUCUAAUUGGUCGAAUGACGAAAAAGGUCAAAGUAUCUUUGACUCCAGUGCAAGGUAAUACUGAUGAUACCAAUGAACCGAUGACCACCGACGGAGGGUCUUUAACUUCAGUGCAAGCUAAUAUCGAUGAUACCAACAAACCAAUGAUAACAGGUGUAGAGUCUUUAACUUCAGUGCAAGGGAAUACCGAUGAUACCAUUGAGCCGAUGUCAACCGACACAGAGUCUUUAACUCCAGUGCAAGGUACUACCGUUGGUACCAAUGAACCGAUAACAAUCGACACAGAGUCUUCAACUCCAGUGCCAGAUAAUACAGAUAGUACCAAUGAACCGAAGACAACCGACGCAAAAUCUUUAACUCCAGUGCAAGAUAAUUCCGAUGGUACCGAUGAACCGAUGAUAACCGACGGAAAAACUUUAUCUCCAGUGCAAGAUAAUGCAGAUGGUACCAAUGAAUCGAUGACGAUCGACGCAGAGAUUAUACCCAGUAAAGAAAAUGAAUCAAAUUCAUCCGAAAGCGUAGAAAAUUCAAGUCGAACAGAAAAGGAUGUUCAAAGUGAUAAUCCGGUAGAUAGACAAGAAAUUGCAGAGAAUUCGGAAGCGGUUGUUCCAUCCACCGAGCCCCCAAACUCAGUUCAAUUGGAUCAAAACGGACCAACCAUUCAAAGCAAUGGCGAUGUCGGCCUGGUUGAAUCAGAUGAUAGUCCUGAUGUGGAUAUUGACAGGUGCAAUGACACAGAUCCUAGUCCGGAAGUGCUAGCAUUAAGUGCUCUUCCAAAUUUAAUCGAUGAAAUCACCCGAAGUAUGUACUACAACACAAACAAAGAUGAGACUGUAACUGUGAAUGGUCAAAUGCUCGGUACGGAUACGGACGAUCAUCAUGGCGACAUGGACGAUAACAUUUCGGCAUUUAAUGUUUCCUUUUCGAUGCCAACAACCAAGUCUCUUGCGGAUAAUAUGUUAGGCUGCGAUUCACCGGAAAUCGCUAGCAUUCAAUUGGAAAUGAACGAUUAAAUUUA